AUGGAUACACCGUUUUCUGGUGACGAGCAAGCUUCUAGCUACACGAAUAUUAUCACGGGUCACGGUCAACAAUCACCUUGCGUGUCAGAGCUCACCGGUAUGGAGCCAUACUUUGCCCUCUCCUCGGGUCCUCAGGAUCAACCAUCUCAUCUAUCAUCAACUGGUCCGCUGUCUCUAGACCCAACCCUGUCACAGCACCAGGAGGACCAACAGCAGACGUCACAUCCGGCUCAUGAUGCGACUGUGUAUGCUUCCAUGACUUCAGGUUUUCCAUAUGCGCCUCGAAGUCAUCACCCAGUCUGGCCUUCACCUCCCCCAGGACCUGACGAUUAUGACAACUACUCUUACCAAAGUUCCCCAAGCAGUGGCAGUGCCCCAAUGAGCUGCUACAACCCAUCACCCAUUUCACCAAGGACGUGGUCCUCUCCAGACUUCCCUCUAUCUCAACCUUCAGAUCCUCUCCAACAGAACUCUUUCAAGAACCUCCGCAUUUACACACCGACAUCAAACGAAGGAUACCCCUUCAGAGGCCCUCGGGGCCUGACGCCUUUCUCCGGUGGCGGUAUGAAUCAGAUUUUCGAUAAUGAGAUUGAUGGCCUGCCCCAAAACUACUCCCCAGUGACAAUUCCCAGUUCAUCAGCUGGAGCACUAUCAUGCAGCGGAUCCCCGCAAGAACCUCUUCUCGGAACCCCCGUGCUCAUGAAAGCUAGACAUGAAUCACCCGCCGGUGUACCGGAGUACCGCGCGAGCUCAGAAGUGGUUCAAGAAGGCAAGGACCUUCAGGCCACAACUGCUGGUGGCGCCAAGACAGAUGAACCAUACGCCAAGCUGCUCUACCGAGCUCUGAUGAGCGUUCCGGAUCAUGCUAUGACCCUUCAAGAGAUUUACCAGUGGUUUCGUGAUAACACUGAUAAGGACAUCAAGAAGGACAAGUCAGAGAAGAGACCGGGUAAAAAUGCCGAAGGCUGGCAGAACAGCAUCCGCCACAACCUGAGUAUGAAUGAUGCUUUUGUCAAACGAGAACACAAGCUGGGGUCAGACUCGGCGUCGAGAGCAACGGAGCAGGGUUCAGGCUCGACUAAAACUGGUGAAGCUAAAAAGGCGACGGAGUGGGUGUUGGAGGAUUGGGCUGUCCUCAAUGGAGUUGAGAGCACAACAAAAUACCGCGGCAAAAACACAUCACGUCGAGGAAUUGGGCGCAAGUACCAUCACCACCCAUACGAUGACAGAUUUUCACAGCGACACAGCCCAAUUGCCGCCAAGGGAAGCUCAAUUGUCAAGGGCGAGUUCAUGACGAACGACAUGAGGAUGCGCGAACGUCAAUACCCUCAUGAAGUGAAAAUGGCACCGAGGUCCCACCAUAUCAACUUCAUCGCACCCCCUCAUCCUCAUCCCAUGCACCGAGCGACUACGAUGCCGAGCAUGUAUCAGUCACCACAGCCACAGCACCGAGGCUACGAGGAGCUGAUGAUGCCACGGGUCGGCAGAAUGCCACAGCCAGUCAUGAAGCAGGAGUAUUCUCAACCAGUCAUCAAGCAGGAGUAUUCUCCAAUGACACCCGACUCGAGUGGGUUUGGCUUCGUGCUUCCAGAGCCGAGCCUAAUACACGCGCAUACAGUCAACUCUAGCGCCAGCAACAGCAACGGCACUACCGCGUAUACGCUGCCUAGUGGCACCCAAAGCAUGUACGUUGGUUCAUCUCCGUGCGAAUAUCCGUAUGGGAUGGUAGACGUCACAGGUGUCUAUCAAGGCAGCGGUCACAAUAGCCCUGCUGGCGCUGGUGUCAGUGCUAGUGCUAGUGCUAGCGACGGAGUCAACGAACGCCUCAUAGGGAUCGGCCCUAACGACGUCUACAGCUGGAACGGCCAGGCACUCUGA